AUGCCGCCACCGACCCUGGCAACCUUAGUGAGGUCAACCUGGUUGACCCUGCUUGGCAUCAUUGAUGUCUGUCAACGCUGCAUUCCCGUCCACCUGCACUCCUCAUCCACUCCCAUUUGGAGUCACACCGGUCUGUGGUCUGUCAGUCUGUCAAGCGUCAGCGGUAUCUCGGCGAUCAACAGCGAUGACUCAAAGGACCAAAACUAUGCGAGUCUGCACGACUACUUCCCGAUCGUCAGUCCCCUCGUCGAGUCGUCGCUCGAGGCGUAUCCUUGCGACAAGAAGAAGCCAGAAUGUUCGCAAUGCAUUCGGGUGAGCAAGAAAUGUCCCGGAUACCGAGACCAGCUGUCCCUGAUGUUCCGAGAUGAGAGCACCAAGGUCAUCCAAAAAGCCCAUGCCCAAUGGGGCACUUCUGGAUCUCCAAUCGACGGUGGGCAAGGCUCGUCCUCGGGCUCGCCUUCUAGCCAAACGUCCUGGUCUCCUAGCUUUCCCUUGGCUCCGGCCAGCGAGACGCAGAGUCCUUCCGCCGAGUAUCCAGCCUCGGCCACCUCGACGACAUCCCAUUCAAUGAUCCCAGUGAAGCUGCCUCGAAGGGUAGAGCCUAAUCUCGACCAACGAGGGCUCUCAUUCUACAUAAAUCGCUACCUCUUGAAUCAUCCAGACUCGCCGAGGACGUCAGACGACCUGGCCACAUACUGCAAUGAUGCGGACGCCUCGCAAAGCGUCAUGAUCGCAGUGGGGCUUGCCGGCAUGUCAAAUCUGUUGGGGAACAAAAGCAUGAACUUGACUGCGCGCUCGAAAUACGUCACGGCUUUGAAACAGACUGGGCAGCUCGUCGCCAGCGGUGGGAACAGUUUCGCCGCCAUCUCGAAGCCAUUGAGAUCGAUUAUCAUCUUGGCUCUAUUUGAGGUUGUUCAAGGCAAAGGCUCAAAAGUCAGCCAUGGCUCUGCCAAUACCCAUAUCAAUGGUGCCGUUGCUCUUUUGCGAUCCGUUCUACCCGUCCCCGGCGCGCCUAAUGGCGGUGCCCGUGGCGUACUGCAGUUGAUGUUUUCCAUGUUCAUUCCCGCCCAUAUGACCGACACGCCUUUGCCGCCGGGAUUCUUCGAGUGCCUCGAACUCUAUGAGCGGCCCAACACGAAUGACCUGAUACAGCAGCUCUUGAUGCUGGAGAACGUAUACGAUGGACUAGAAAGUCGACUACUGGAAGCAUACCCUUUCACGGUGAACCGCGGGGAUUAUCCGGCCGAAGCCGUGUUCCGCGGGAAAUGGCACUCCUACAGUGAGCUGUGGGGUGCCCGGUUGUGGAACCAUUACCGCUGGGCUCGUAUCCUCCUCAAUCAGAUGAUCGUCAAGUUCACGUUCGACUACCCCCACUCAAGCAGCAGAUUGAUAUCGCCGGGGCAGCGGAUACGGUGCUACGCCGUCUUGGAGAGAAUGGCCGAAGACAUCCUGGUCAGCACCCCGUCGCACUGGCACCACCCCAUCGUCGAUACCCCGACGGCGCAAAUAUUCGAAGCUGUUGGAGCCGGUGGCGCCGGGGCCGUCGGUCUGCCCAGUCUACUCUGGCACGUCGCCACAGCCGGCUGUGCGCCUAAUGUCCCUCCCGAGUUCUGGCAGUGGUCGUACGACAUGUUGCAGGUCGUGUGGAAGGACAUGGGGAUGCAGCACGCCGUGGCGCUGUCCGAUGUCAUGAGGGAGCAUCGGGCUAAGCUCGAUAAAGAGGCACUGGGCACAAUGAUCAAAGUCGAGGACGAGGAGAAGGACUGGUGA